AUGCCCCGCCGUACGGAAGCAGGCCGUACGGGUCAAAAGACGCGUACGAAGGGCGAUCGUACGGCCGAGAUCGGUACAAUUCCGGCGGGAGUGACGGGGAGCGCAGACCUGCGGGGAGGGCUCUUGGGCGUGGGCGAGGGCGGGAGGGGGGAUGGGCAGGGGAAAGAGGCGGGCGCGGAGAAGCAUGGGGUGGGGAACGACGCGGGGAGGAAGGAAGGCGUGCGGAGAGGGUUCCCACGGAGGCCAGGGGGCGGGGGAGAGCAUGGGGCGGAGGACGAGGUGGGCGCGGGGCGCGAGGCGGGAGGGGGGAGAUAUGGGGGACGAGCUCCAGAGGACGCGGGGAAGCAAGGGGGAGCGGGAGGGGAGAGAGGGGAAGAGCGGCGAAGGCGGGCGGAGGAGGGGGAGGAGGAGGAGGUGGAGGAGGAGAAGCCUUUGCCACGGGCAGCUGCAGGCAAGAGUUUUGAAGACAAGGGUUUUGCAGCCAGGAGUUUUGCUUCCGCUGAUAGCACACCCUUGGAAACGGGCGCGAGGGGUUUACGAGGGGAGCUGCGCCAGGGUCUAAAGGAGGGUUUAAAGGAGGGUUUUGAGGGGAUUGAGGGGGAGGGGAGCGGGGAGGAGUGGCGGAGGCGGAAGGUGGGGUGGCUUGCGCGGGAGGUGGCAGCGGUGGUGCCGAGUGCGCUGGUGCGGCUGCUGAACGCUCAGAAGCAGUGGAUGAAUAUGGGCGACCUAAACGCUGUAGUGGGGAGCCUUAUAGCGAGGAAGGAGGUGGUGCGCGGGAUACGGGUGGCAGCAGUGGUGCCAAGUGCGCUGGUGCGGCUUCUGAACGCACAGAAGCAGUGGAUGCGCAUGGACGACCUGAACGCUGUAGUGGAGAGCCUUAUAGCGAGGAAGGAGGUGGUGCGCGGGAUACGGGUCUUCCAGUGGGCGCUGCAUGCGCCCUUAAAAUGUCUUCCAGUGGGCGCUGCACGCGCCCUUCUUCUCCCCCUCCGCCUCCCCCCCCAUCCUCUCCGCCCUCCUCCUCCCCGCGGCCGCCCAGGGGAAGAUCCGCCACAUGCUCCCCCUCCUCUCCUCUGUGCCCCUCUCUCCCUUUCUCUCAUCCAGUCCCCCAUCCCCUUCCCCUCUCCCUCCCCCCCCCCCGCCCCAUUUUCUGCCCUUGUUGUCCCUCUCCUGGACUUGCCCCGUUCCCCCCGUUCCCCCCAACAGGUCUUCCAGUGGGCGCUACAUGCGCCCUUCUUCUCCCCCUCCGCCUCCCCCCCCAUCCUCUCCGCCCUCCUCCUCCCCGCGGCCGCCCAGGGGAAGAUCCGCCACAUGCUCCCCCUCCUCUCCUCCGCGCUCCCCCAGGGUGUUUCGCCAUCUCGCCCUGCUUUUGAAGGGGUAAUCCGGUCGUUGCUCCUCGCCGCAAAACGGGCGGAGGAAUGGAAAUGGGAAGGGGGGAAGGGAGGGGCGCGUGGGGGGAAGAGCGGGGGGAAACGGGGAGGGGGAAGGGCAGGGGGGAGAGGAAGGGGAGGGGAAAGUGGAGUCGAGGAGGAGGGGGAUGGGAUUGGGACGAGAGGCAUGGGGAGGAGGAUGAGGGAGGAGAUGGUGAGACUGGAGGAGAGUGCAUGGGAGGUGUAUGGUAUGAUGCAUGGCUUGGGAGGGAGCUCGCAAACAGCGCUACCACUACCAUCAGCAGAGGGACAAACGCCCCAAGCAGCAACCAACCCCCUCGCAGACUCCAUACCCUCCUCUCCCUCCUAUCCCUCCUCCCCCUCCUCCCCCUCCUCCCCCUCCUCCCCCUCCUAUCCCUCCUCUCUCUCAUCUCCCUCCUCCCCACCUUCCUCGAAGCUUCUCUACGAGCUAUAUGACGCGUUCAGCCGCCCAUCCGCCCGCGGCCGCCACGUCAGCAAGCUGGAGCAGCUACUUAAAGACCUAUCAUCCAUAGGAGCCCCAAUAACCCCCCUCAUGCACUCGCGCUUAGCACAGCAGCUCGCCUGCCUGGGAGAUAUCGACAAAGUCGACGCGCUUUUAGCUAAGAUGCGAUUAGCUAAGCUCCCGAUACCAGCUGCUGCUCUAGAAGCCGCUGUGAUUGCUUGUGCUCGGGCGUACCACUCGCAGGGUCCUCUCGGGCAGCAGGGAAAUUUUGGCCCAGGCGGCAGAGAAGUGUUUGGGGUGCUGACGGGCCUGCCUGAGCGGGCAGCGAGGGGAGUGAGGGAGGUGGAAGAGGCCGGGUCCGGCGCCGGACCGGUGCGGCAGGCUCGGCCAAGCCUGCGGGCGUAUAAUGUGUAUGUGGAGGCGUUGAGUGGGGCGGGAGAGGUGGAGGCGGCAGAGGGUGUGGUGAGGGAGAUGGGUGAAUGGGGCAUGAGGCCACUAACGAAGGGGUUCAAUGCGGUGCUGAGGAUGCAUGUGAGGCUGGGCAUGGGUGUUGAUGCUGGUUCGCCGGAUUUGCCAGCAGCAGUACCAUCAGCAGCAUCACCACCACCAUCACCACCAGCAGCAGCAGCAACACCACCAUCAGCAGCAUCACCAGCAGCAGCAGCAGCAGCAGCAGCAGCAGCAGCAGUAGCAGCAGCAGCAGCAGCAGCAGCAGCAGCAGCACCAUCACCAUCGGCGGCAGCAGCAGCAGCAGCGAGGGAUGCAGCAGUGCGUGUGUUCACUGAAAUGGCUGCCUUUGGAUGCCCCGCCAGCACUGAGGCGUGCAACCUGCGCCUGCAGACGCACCUGCUGGCACGUGACUGGCAGGGCGUGUGGGAGCUGUAUGGCGGGAUGAGAGGCGCUGCAGAGGGGGGUCGCACGUAUGACCUGCUGCUGCUGGCUCUGGCAGAGGCUGGGGAUGUGGGGGGGGUGGAGAGAGUGUAUGAGGACAUGCUGAGAGAGGGGGUGCGCGGUGGGGUGAGGAAGGGAGGAGGGGAGGGAGAGGAUGGUGAGGAGGGCGAGGAGGGAGAGGAGGGUGAAUGGGAGGGAGAGCGUGAGAAUGAGGUGGAGGAGGCUGGUGGUGGGAUAUUUGGGGCCGUCAGUAGAAGGGGAGAGGGAGGAAAGGUGAGAGUGGAAGGUGCGGAGGGGAGUGAGGGUGAGAAGGGAGGAGGAGGGGUGGUGAGGGCGAGGAGGUUCAGCCUGCAGGGGCGAGUGAGGGAGGCGGUAGAGCGACUGCUGGGGGUGGAUAGAGUGAGAAGGGACGAAGCAUGGGCUGCUGCUGUGGCAGCCCGAGGGGGAUCGGCAGCAGCAGCAGCAGCCUUCUUUGGAGGAGCAACAGCAGCAGGAGAAGGAAGAGGAGGAGGAGGAGGCGGCAUGGGUGGCACGGGGAGAGGCUGGGAGACGGGAGUACCAGGGGAGGGGGAUGUGGCGAUGGGUCUCAGGCUGACGAGGGAGCAGCGGCAGGUGCUGGUGGGGGCUCUGCUAGCAGGGGCAGAGGUGGAGAGUGCAGAUGGUGGCGUGUCGUACUCGAUAAGAUUCUCCUAG